AUGACCGCACAGGUGUUGACGGCGGAGCUUGGCAAUCUGAUCCAAGAGAGCAAGCGAAAGCACAACGACUUGAGACAGGCCUCGGAAAAGUCUCUUGAAGAGCUCAAGAACCUCGGCGACAGCUCCGAGGCGAACAUAGGCGCAGAACUCGCCCAGCAUGCCAACUUCGUGAACCCCUUCAUUAUCGCGUGCGGCACACGCACUGUCAAGUUCACUAGCAUUGCGAUUGUGUGUCUCCAGCGUCUCAUCGCCGCCAAAGGCGUACCACGAUCACGGCUCGACCAAGUCCUGCAGGCACUGCGGGAAGCGUCUUCGGGCGGCCUUGACGUGCAGCUGCGCAUCCUGCAGUCCCUGCCCUCGCUCCUCCAAAACUACGCCGGCGACAUCGCGGGCGACCUCCUCAUCACAUCUCUCAACAUCUGCUUCGUUCUCCACGCCAGCAAAAACGUCGUCGUUAACAACACCGCAUCGGCCACGCUCCAGCAGCUGCUCAUUGCCGUUUUCGACAAGGUCGCUGCCGAGGACAAGGCCCGUCUCCAGACAUCGCCCGUCGGCGAAGCGCCCGUCCAGAAUGGCACAGUGGCACUCCACCAGGCCGCACUCGAUGCCUACUAUGUCUUCAACGAUAUUUGCAUCUUGACCGAGGCCGGGCGCCCGGAACACCUGCGCUUUUCGAGCUUGUCGACGACGUUUGGCCUCGAACUGAUUGAGUCCGUCCUCACAAACCACCCGGUUAUUUUCACGUCCCACCCCGAGCAGACGCACGUGCUCCGGACGCGCCUGAUGCCCUUCCUUACACGAGGGAUUGUCAGCAAGCCCAACUUCCCGACGGCGGUCCGUUUGGUACGCGUUCUAUUUACACUCCUGCGGCGACACAUGGCGCUGCUGGCCGACGAGAGCGGUGACGCCCUGGCUGCUCUCUGCCACGUGUUGGACCACGACGCCCUCCCUUGGAAGCGCGUGCUGUGCCUUGAGGCCUUCAAGGGUCUGAUUUCUGAUCCGGCCCUGGUCAGACAGCUCUACAUUUUGUACGAUGCAAAGGAGGGUGCAAAGGACAUUCUACAGGAAUUGCUCGCCACGUUCGUCCGCGUGUCUACCGAAAAACCGAGCGUGAUUGGCCUCGGCCAUCAGUCGACCAUUCCCGUGGCCGGGUAUUCGAACAACGGGGCUGGAUCAGCCGAACAGGCCGUUAUAGAAGCGAGCGGCAUGUCUGGCAUUGUCACGUCCAACUCCAUGACCGAGUCGGCAAGCACCGGCAUCAGCUCCCAGUGGAGUGUCAUUCGCACGCCCUGCAUCGACCAGCUGGACAAAGCGGAGCCGCUCACCAUUCCAGAGUCGUACAUCUUCAGCCUCAUCCUCGCCUGCAUCACGUCGCUGUCUGACGGCCUAGCCAAGUUUAUCUUGCCACUGACGGUACCCCGGGAGAACCGCAGCCAGAAGCGAGCGCUUAAGCAAGAUGGCCGCGCUAACUCACCCGCUCCUACCGAACCGACUGGCGCUGCUUCGGCGCCUGGCCUUGAACGGUCGGCCUCGGCCCGCAAGAAUCCAGGCCCCAAGAACCCCCUCCUUCUCAAAGACCAUCCAUUGUAUACCGAGGUCAAGGCAUACGCGGACAUGAUCGACCGCUGCUGGCCGGCCAUUCUGGCCACCUGCUCCACCUUCCUGUACUCGGCCCUCGACUCCGAGUACUACCACGGCCUCGUCCGCGCCUUCCAGCGUUUCACGCACGUCGCCGGCCUGCUCCAACUCAACACGCCGCGCGAUGCCUUUUUGACGACGCUGGGCAAGGCCGCCGUGCCGCCCAAUGUUCUGAGCGCCUGCCACAACGCCGGCGCCCGGCCCAUGACACCCACGUCGGCUGGCGCCGACACACCCAACACGCUCUUUAGCAAUGCCCGCGGUCUCCUGAGUGUCGACAGUCUGGUAAGCCAGUCCUCGACGGCCGAGAAGCCACGACAAUCCUCGGCGGACUUGUCGACGGCCAGCAUCAACACGCGCAAUUUGCUCUGUCUGCGUGCCCUGUUGAAUCUAGGCAUUGCCCUCGGCCCGACCCUCGAGUCGUCUUGGCAGAUUGUCCUCGAAACCCUGCAGCAGGCCGACUUUGUCCUGUUCACGUCCGGCAAGGCGGCCGGUCGUACUCUUGCCGUUGUCCGCGCAGCAGACCCGCAGGCCGAGGCCGAGGCCAAUAUGCUUCUAUCUAACUUUGGCAGCGAGAUUAAGGCGGUCGAGACCGCCGCCUCCCGCCUCUUUGAAAGCACCAUUGACUUUCCCAACGCGGCGUUUGUCGAGUUUGUCGUCGCCAUCUGCAGUUUGCUUGAGAAGCGAACAGAGUCACCAACGGCCGUAGCCUCUGAACCUGCGGAUGGUGACCAGGCUGCCCAGGCCGUCCCAUCGCCGCAGUCGACACCGCGUAAGGAUAGUGGGUCAAGGGCGGCAGCUGGACAUGUUGCAUCUCCGUCCCUCAAGACGCCCACCGUCAAGCACAAGCGCGUCAUGAGUGUCACGACGGCGCCCGCAUCCAGCCAUUCCCAAGAGGACCAGUUCGUCCUGGCCAAGCUCGGGGACAUUGCAUCCAUCAACCUCGAGCGGCUGUUGUUCAAUCCCCCCGACGUGUCUGGCUGGAUCCCGCUCACAGGCGAGCUGUCGGCGACGCUUGGCUCAGCUUCGACAACGGCCACUGUGCGCAUGCGUGCUGCGGAGACAUUGGUUCGCAUUGUCCUGGAGGCGGCCAACGCCAUCGCCGCCGAAACGGAAAUCACCCGCAGCCGGAUGCAGCUGCGCCUGCUCGAGGCACUGCGCGACGCGCUGCUACCACUGCAACGUCCUGACCGCACCGGCACCAUCACCACGGCGGCUACCGACAUUGACAUCCACAAGGUCAUCCUGGAUGGCCUCAAGGGCUUGCUCGAAGACAGCGGCGAGGCCCUGAUCAGCGGGUGGAACGUCGUCUUUGAAGUCAUCGACAGUCUGUUUAUGGAAGUUUGGCCGUCGGUGUCGGUUGCGUCGGCCGACGGCGACCUAAUAGAAGGCAUCCUGACCACCCGCUCCGUCCGCCUCAUCAAGCCGUCCUUUGCCUCGCUGCAGCUCAUCUGCUCCGAUUUCCUGUCGGCCCUGCCCAACACCUGUUACCUGAACCUCGUCAACACCCUCUACAAGUUCUGCUCCCAGGGCGAUGACCUCAACGUGGCCCUCACCACCGUGACAUUCUAUUGGGCCAUCUCGGACUUUUUGCACGGCCGCAGCAGCUCCAUGUCGAUUGCAGCAGCCAUGGAGGGCGGCUCCAGCGAUGACGCACUCGUCAAGCUCGCCAACGACACGGACCACCCAGGCUCGGGCGCGGCCCUUUGGAUGCUCUUGUUGCUGCGCCUGACGGCUGUUACCACCGACCAGCGGUUGGAACUGAGAAACACCACCGAGGGACGCCUGCGAUCCGCCUCGGAAAAGACCACACACAAGUCCACGCCGGUAGAGUGGCACGAGACGGCAGUCGUGAUUGUCAACGGCGUGUCGGAGCUGCUGGCCAACUAUCUGGACGUGCUCGCCUCCCACGCCGUCUUCUCGUCGCUCUGGGAAGAUCUGCUCCAGCACUUUGCCGCCAUGCUCGACUUCAGGGCGCUCGAUGUCAGCACGGCUGUCUUCGGCAGCCUCGCUGGAAUCCUCGCAAAGAGCGACGGGCGGACACGCUGGUCAUUUGAUAAGAAGGCUGUCGACCUGGCCUGGCAACUCUGGUCUCGCGGUAUCCCAGCGCCACCGGACGUGCUGUCUGCCGACUGGGACAAGAAGGACAAGGAGCGAGACCGCGCCAGCACAAGGGCCGAAGACAAUCAAAAGUGCCUCGUGUCGUGGGUGAAUGCCUUCCUUGAGAUUGAGCGCCUCAUGCGCGCUGAGAUGGACCUCGCAAAGACGGAGCAGGCCAUGGCCCUCCUCCACGACGCCGUGCGUGGUGGUAGCCCGGGUGGCUAUGCCAACGACAUCGAGUACAUGACAGCCCUGCAGGCCCAGGUGCUCGAAGUCUUCAAGGUCGUACGGACCGACAUUCCGGGCGCCGCGGCGGCCGUGAUCAUGCAACUGGCCAAGUUUGUGUCCAUGGCCUUUGAUGUGGCCGACACCAUGCCGCAGCGCAAACGCACAUUUGUGGCCAUGUCCAAGGACAGCAUGGCGAUCCUGGACCAUCUCGUCACACAACACGCAGACGGCCAAGAAAUCUACGCCAGCGGCGCCUUUACCACAGCCCUCGCGGCCCUCGCCAAACCCAUUACGCUCAAGUACCAGUUCCCCAUCACCACCAAGAGCCUGCAGCCAUGGAAAGCCGCUGUCAACGCCGCCCUUGCCAUUCUGGAGACGGCGCUCCCGCACCUCAAGGAGAAGUCGGUGCCGCGUGCUGCCUUCCAGGAGGCCUGGGACACCAUUGCGGUGAUCGCGAACGGCAUUAUUGGUGCUGACUUGCAGCACGAGCAAGCGCCGCAAGACGACCGUGUCAUUACCGACGAUCAGCAGUUUGACAUUGAUGCUUUCCACCGCCUCCGCGAGCUCAUCAUUCCGUCACUAGGCUCGGGCGCGGUGGCCGAAACGGCACGCAAAGCUUAUGUCGAGGGUCUCUUCCACGUAUCCAUUGUUCACCCUCCGGUGCCGGCCGAUGCAGCGUUAAUCUACCCAAGCGACGGCGAGCACAGCCACAGCUAUAGCCGAAAGCAAACCAACGGUGACUCGGGUACUGCCAGCUAUCUCAGCAGUCUCUACAAGCCCGGCCGGGGCCGCACCAUUGAUCCACCGCCCACCAAGCGUGCCAACAUGAGCUUUGCCUGUCUCGACGAGCUGUUCUCGCUGGUGGCGGCGCACGAUGACUCGCACAACAAGCCGUCGAUUGUCGUGCUUCCACCAACGCCACGUCUGCCACCACCAAUGACUGUCGGCCCGCCGCCUGGGUCUGGCGCGGCAAACGACAGCGAGCACGCCCUGCACAUCCGCCUCGCCCAAACAGCCGCCCCGUUCCUUAUCCUGCGAUGUGCCCUGACCAUCCGGUCGUACGUGUCAGACCAGCCCCUGCGGGGCCACAUGCCGCAGCCACUGUCGCAGCGGCGCGAGCUGAGCCGGAUCCUGCGGUGCCUUGUGGACCUCAAGUCGGAGCCUGGAGCCAUUCCAGAUCUCGAUGGCAUCGACAGCGAGGCACGUAAGCACCUGUUGCGGCUGUACCCCUUGCUCGUCAAGGCGUCACAGGUGGCGGGCACGGCCGGUGACGACAAGACGCUGGCACUGGUUGGCGAGGCCCUUGACGCGGUCGGGACGGAGUUGGGUGUGUGA